GGAUACUAAUACAGUUAACAUUGGUGACUUGAACCGUGGUGUCCAUAAAAAAAUAGUUUUAAAUCGCGACUGACACGCGUUAAGAUGUAUCAAGAAAGAGAAGGGUCCGUCGCUUCUAAAAUUGAAAAGAACAAAUUCGAGGCUUCGAUUAGUGAACUUAAGAAGAAAUCUUUUGUAACAGCCGCGGAUCUUGAGAGCUUUGCGGACAAUGACCUGACGCCGGAGUACCACGCCGCCUACCGGAGGUCCCUGGAGGACCCCGAGGCCUUUUGGUCGGAUGUUGGCAAGGAGCUGGACUGGACCAGGCCUUGGGAUCAGGUGCUAGAUGAUAGCAACCCACCCUUUACGAAAUGGUUCGUCGGUGGUGAAAUGUCAGUAUGUUACAACGCAGUAGACAGACACGUAGCAAACGGAAGGGGAGACCAGGUCGCGUUGGUACACGACUCCCCCCUCACAGACACAGUCAAGAGAAUCACAUAUUCUGAUUUGCAGAAUCAGGUAUCCCGUUUGGCCGGCAAGCUGUCUUCCCUGGGUGUUACACGUGGCUCCCGCGUGGUGAUCUACAUGCCACUCAUUCCCGAAGCAGUCAUAGCCAUGUUAGCCACUAAUAGAGUUGGUGGCAUACACUCCGUCGUGUUCGGGGGUUUUGCUGCCAGAGAAUUAAGAACAAGGAUAGAGCACGCAGAACCGACAGUCAUUAUUGCCGCAAGUUGCGGUGUAGAGCCCAACAAGAUUGUACGAUACAAGGACAUAUUAGACGAAGCGCUCUGCCAAAGUUCGCACCAGCCCCGUAGCUGCAUCAUAUACCAAAGACGUCGAGUUCUAGAAUGUCCCCUAGAGAAAGACAGGGAUAUCUGUUGGGAGGAAGCUAUGGAAAGCGAUCCAGUACCAUGCGUGCCUUUGGAGGCCAACGAGCCUUUGUAUAUUUUGUACACAUCAGGCACAACAGACGACCCAAAAGGUCUGCAACGGCCAUGCGGUCACGCCGCCACCGUCUGCUGGUCCAUGCAUUCAAUAUAUGGCCUCAAGCGUGGCGUCUGGUGGGCGGCGUCAGACCUCGGCUGGGUGGUCGGACACUCGUACAUCUGCUACGGACCCCUUCUGGCUGGUCUGACGUCUGUGCUGUAUGAAGGCAAACCAGAUAGGACGCCGGAUCCUGGACAAUAUUUUAGGAUAAUCGAACAACACCGUGUCAACGCUCUCUUCACGAUCCCCACCGUGUGCAGAGUGUUGAAGCGAGCUGAUCCUAACGGGAAGUACGCUAGGAGGUACUGCGUUAAAUCCUUGAAAACUAUCUUUGUGGCUGGCGAACAUUGCGACCAGGAGACUAGACAUUGGGCAGAACGUAUCUUCGGCGUGCCAGUUCUGAACCAUUGGUGGCAGUCAGAAUCAGGCUCACCUAUCACAGCAGCCUGUCUUGGUUAUGGAGUCAAUGCGAUUAGGCCCCAUUCUUCAGGGUAUCCUGUGCCUGGAUAUGAUUUACGAGUUAUCAGAGAAGAUGGUUCAGAAUGUCAGUCAGGGGAAGUCGGCCGGUUAGUGUCGAAGCUACCUUUGCCUCCUGGCUUCUCCUCAACAUUGUGGAAGUCUGAUGAGAGAUUCAAGAAAGUAUACUUCGAAAAUUACCCAGGUUACUACGACACACAAGACGUAGGCUGGAUAAGCGCUGAAGGCGCUGUAUGGGUGGUCGCUCGUGCUGAUGACGUCAUCAAUGUAGCAGGUCAUCGACUCUCAACCGCGGCGAUUGAAGACGUGGUACUAAAGCACGCGCGGGUCGCUGACGCGGUGGUGGUCGGCGCGCCGGACCCCACUAAGGGAGAUGUGCCCUUGUGCUUGUAUGUGAUGCGCCCGCCGCAGGAUGACGAAGAAAUAGUAGCAGAAGACACAGUAACACAAGAGCUGAUUGCCCUCGUCCGUCAUCUUAUCGGCCCCAUCGCGGCAUUCAGAAAAGCGAUUGCAGUUCCCGCGCUUCCUCGCACCCGCUCCGGAAAAGCACUCCGCGGCGCCAUUGCAAAAAUGGCGCGUUCACAACGCAUCAAACUUCCCGCUACAAUAGAAGAUGCUUCAGUGUUCCCUGAAAUAAAAAUCGCCCUACAAAAAUGCGGAUACGCCAUCGAUGCACCGGAUCCCGAACUUUGAAUUUAGUCUCAAUUUAGUGCUAUUUAGUGUAAUAACGGUACAAUGAUUAAAAAUUAUCAAAAAAAUAUCAAAU